GCAGUGGUUUAGCCGGCAGGAAGCCGGGCGCGCGGGGGUGGGGCUGGUGCACGGGGGCGGGGCUCGGGCCGCCGCGCAUUGUGCUGCGGCUGGCCGGCGCGGCAGGCCCCGGACCCGAGCGGUUCCCGGGCAUGGUGAGCAAGGGGCUGUUGCGCCUUGUCUCUUCAGUCAACCGCAGGAGGAUGAAGCUUCUGCUCGGCAUCGCGCUGUUCGCCUACGCCGCCUCUGUUUGGGGCAACUUUGUUAACAUGAGCUUUCUGCUCAACAGGUCUAUCCAGGAAAAUGGAGAACUAAAGAUCGAAAGCAAGAUUGAAGAGAUUGUUGAACCAUUAAGAGAGAAAAUCAGAGAUUUGGAAAAAAGUUUUACCCAGAAAUACCCGCCUGUAAAGUUUUUAUCAGAAAAGGACCGGAAAAGGAUUUUGAUCACUGGAGGUGCAGGCUUUGUGGGCUCCCAUCUAACUGACAAACUCAUGAUGGAUGGCCAUGAGGUGACCGUGGUGGACAACUUCUUCACAGGCAGGAAGAGAAAUGUGGAACACUGGAUUGGCCAUGAGAACUUCGAGCUGAUUAACCAUGAUGUGGUCGAGCCGCUCUACAUAGAAGUUGACCAGAUAUAUCAUCUGGCAUCUCCAGCCUCCCCACCAAACUACAUGUACAACCCCAUCAAGACACUGAAGACUAAUACAAUUGGAACACUAAACAUGUUGGGAUUGGCAAAGCGCGUGGGUGCCCGUCUGCUCUUGGCCUCCACUUCCGAGGUAUAUGGAGAUCCUGAGGUCCACCCUCAAAGUGAGGACUACUGGGGCCAUGUGAAUCCCAUAGGACCCCGAGCCUGCUAUGAUGAGGGCAAACGUGUUGCAGAGACCAUGUGCUAUGCCUACAUGAAGCAGGAAGGUGUGGAAGUACGGGUGGCAAGGAUCUUCAACACCUUUGGGCCGAGAAUGCACAUGAAUGAUGGGCGGGUGGUCAGCAACUUCAUCUUACAAGCACUACAAGGGGAGCCACUCACAGUCUAUGGCUCUGGGUCUCAGACACGGGCAUUCCAGUACGUAAGUGAUCUGGUGAAUGGCCUGGUAGCACUGAUGAACAGCAAUGUCAGCAGUCCUGUCAACUUGGGAAAUCCAGAAGAACACACAAUCCUGGAAUUUGCUCAGUUAAUUAAAAACCUUGUUGGUAGUGGAAGUGAAAUUCAGUUUCUCUCUGAAGCCCAGGAUGACCCACAGAAAAGAAAACCAGACAUCAAAAAAGCAAAACUGAUGCUGGGGUGGGAACCUGUGGUUCCAUUGGAGGAAGGAUUGAACAAAGCCAUCCACUACUUCCGGAAGGAAUUAGAGUACCAGGCUAAUAACCAGUACAUCCCCAAACCCAAGCCCGCCAGAGUGAAGAAGGGCCGGACGCGCCACAGCUGAGUUAGUUAGCCUUAGGUUAUGAGACUCUGUUUUACCCGUAUGAGGUGGACUUUUGUGGGAUUUUUUUUUUUAUUUUUUAAAGACUUCAACAGGUGUCAUGAAGAACAAACUGGAAUUUUAUUCUGAAGCUUGCUUUAAAGACACUGAUGUGCCUAAACGCUCCCUUGAAAGCUGCAGACUUUGCCUUGCACUUUUAAAUCUGUCUUUGUUAUGUACAACAGCCUAGAUGCAUCUCUGCUAUUUUCAGGUUUUUAUCUUCUGUUAGAGUGUAUGCUGUAACUGUCAUUGACAGUUUUAUUUACUGGUUUCUUUGUGAAGCUGAAAAGAAACAUUAAAUGGGGUGGAAAAUGUCAAUUUUAUUUAUAAAAGUGGGUACUUAUAAAUGAGAUGUUACACUAUGCAUAAAGAAUAAAAAUCCUAGAGGUACUGUCGGGUGGGUGGGGCACCAGUGUUUGUUGGGGACAGAUGAAAGGACUCAGUUGGGAAGCUUUGUCUUUCUCUUUUAAUUCAGAGUUUUCUGAAGGUCUAGUUUUCAGUUGCAAACUUGACUUUGAAACAUCCCUGUUGGUUCUUGAUCAAAGAUAUUUGAAAUCACUACUGUGUUGUGCUGCAUAUUGGGGUGGGGGUGGGGGGACAACGUUAACAUAUUCUUGGUUAACCAUGGUUAAAUAUGCUAUUUUAAUAAAAUAUUGAAACUCAUCAGACAUGGGUUUUGAGCUACAAAGAUUGACAUCUGCUUUACAUCAGAUGUGUGGUGGCUGAGAAGAACACUUGAGAUCUUAGUUUAAGGGAAUUCUGAGAACAUCCAGGUUUAUACCAUAUUUAACUUGAUAUGUAACUGUUAGAACCAUCUGUGUGCUCUCUGGGCUGAAUCUGUGCAUAUGAUACACACAUGUGUAUAUGUCUUUAUCUGAAAUACUUAAAACCAACUGUUUCAAAUUUCAGGAUUGAUUUUGUUUAACUCGGGAAUAUUUUCCUGAACUAUGCAAUUUGAGCAUCCUCAAUCCCAAAGAUGAAGUGUUCUGAAGUCUCAAAUCCCAGUGUCUCUUCAGCACUGGGGAUUUGGAGCUUGGAGCCCAAAUUAACUGUGGUGUGAAGUUUUCAGAACUCAGCCUGGGUUAAGUUUUGUGUCCUGUAGCAGCACAAACCAGGUGGAACAAAAACUUCCAUUUUUCUGGUGUAGAAUUCAAACAAGUUUUGCUGAGUCAAACGAAAACUUUAGGAGUUUUUAUUUUCAUUAAGAACUUUCUCAAGGUGUGUGCUAGGAUUUUAUUUUGUACCUUAAAAUAAAUGGGAGGAAAACACAAUGCACAAAAUGCAGUCUAUCUCCAACCAGAUUAGCCUUACAUGGUAACAGCAGAAACCCUUACAAAUGCCCAAGGAAUAAAGGUGUGGACCAGGUGAUAGAAGUAACUAGAAACAGGAGCACAUGUAAUAUCUGAGCUUGGUCUAUUUUUCAAAACCAUGUUGGGCUGCUUUUUAAAAAAAAAAUAGGGUGUGUGUGUGUGUAUUUAUAUUUAUUUUAUGAAAGGCUCUAGAAUUCAGGCAAAGAUGCUCUGACUCUGUCAUGCUAAAUUUACCAGAAGAUUCUGAAACUGAACCAAAGAUUGAACAUGAUAUAAGAAAAAAGAAUCAAGAAUAACCUACACAAACAUACACACUAGCUAAGCACUUACUUGGUCACUAACUACACCCCCAGCCUCUUUCUCUUAGGCCCCGUUAUUUUGGUCUGAACUGAGUGACACAUCAUUUACAGAAAAAAAAAAAAAAAAGCAGAAGCUUGCUUGGAAAUUAGUAAUGCUAAAUUUGGACCAAAGAAAAAUGUGGACAGAAAUAGCUCAGAGCUUUACGUAUAAUUAGGAGUAUCGAAAAGUCUGAAGACCCAGAAUUCCCUUAGCUUAUUGCACACUAAUAUCUGGAAUUCUUUCAUAAGAUUCACUCUUCUGGUAUCCAUAGAGUAUUUUCAAAGUAGUAGAAGAGAAACAGAUGUGUAUAACGUCCUCUAAGAAAGUGAGUAAUGCAUUGUAGAAAACACUGAGUUUUGAAUUAAGUAUGAUAGUAUCUUAGGCAGAGAGGGAAAUGAAGCUGAGAGGUAGGUAGGUGAUGGCGGCUGUGGUCCAGCAGGAUCUACAUGUAGGUACCUACUCUUUGGUGCAAUAGUGUUACGAAAGAUGAGGUAUCUGUACAAACUGAUGAAGGCAGAGGGGGACCCUUUCUGUAGUUCCUGGCUCUUGCUUGCUCCUUCUAUUGAUUGCUACUCUGAGAAAGCACCAUCUGUGAACCAGAACGUGGCCCUUCCACACUCCAAAAUCUGUCAGCACUUUGAUCUUAGACUUUGUAGCUCCCAGAACUAUAAGCAAUAAAUCCCUACUGUUUAUUAACUACUGAAUCUAUAACUUUUUAGAAAUAGCAACUGGAAGCUGCAUUUUGGAAGUGGCUUCCUUUGGGACGUCACUGCUGUUGCUUACAGGGGAGAGAUUGCUACAGUUUGGGCUCCAGCAAGGUACAAACCAUAGACUAAGUGUACUGGAUUGCAGCUGUGGAACUGAAUACUGAGCCCAGCCUUCUAGUCAGGUAGAGCUUCAUUGCAUUAUCUUUGAUUAUGACCCUGGUGGUCCUCAGUCAUGUGACCUUGAUAGAAGCUAGGGUGAGUCCUGUAUUGCCAUCAAGUUUUGUCUCGUAAGACUGUAGGGAGUUUGGAGGUUCUUUAGAGAUUCUUCAGAAACAAGAAUUGCGAGUUAACUUUGCCAUGUGUCUGUCAAAAUAACUUGCUUAGUUGACCUAGCCUUUCUUGGUGGUUGGUUGGUACCUUUGAUGAGAUGUUAGAGAAUUCUGUAAUUCUGAAAAUUUGAUACCACAGUAUCAGAAGGCAAACGAGACUUUACUAUUUUCAGCACCAAGGAUAGCCCACAUACAUGUCUUGUUUGCAUCUUACUUACCAUGAUAGAGAUGGGGCCAUGUUCAUCUACAAUUACAUUAUAGGAAGGAAAAUACAGAUUUUUCAUCAGGAAACUUAAGCUGUGGAGUGGGUGGAGCUGGAAUGGAGCUUGAAGGUUCAUGUGACAACAUUCAGCUCCAUUUUUUGAGGUACUGAGAGGGUGGAAACUUUUUCUUAAGAUGGUGCUCCAAGGAGGUGUCAUGAUGUGGAACUUGGCUCUUCCAGCACCAUGUCUGCCUGUAAGCUACCAUGCUUCCCUCCAUGAUGAUAAUAGACUGAACCUCUGCAACUGUAAGCCAGCCCCUAUUAAAUGUUUUCUAAGAGUUACCUUG